AUGGCGGUGAAAGUGGUCGGGCUGGCUGGUGGGCUGGCGGGCUGGCGGGCUGUUGAAAGUGGCAGAGGGUGGGAAAGCGUGUUGGUUGCAGGCGUGGGUGGUCGAACUGCAAGAGGCAACGCUAUUUUUGGAUUCAAGGCAGCGGGGGACAUGAACAUGGCUAGACGCCAGCCGAUGGAUGUCUUGUUUCACAAUCUCGAGAGCGGCUUCGUCAGCGCGGGAAAGUCAUCGACGUCCGAAGAGGUGGAUGGGUGGAUAGUGGAUACUAUGUAUUGUGGUGUGCUGUGUGCUGUGUAA